AUGGCAUCUGCUCUCACCGUCCUCCUCCUCGGGCAAGAAUUUCUCAAACCCACCAUCUGGGUGAGCCCCAGCAGGGUGGUGGCACUCGGGGGAAGCGUCACCAUCCGCUGUGAGGGUCAGGACCCGGGCAUGGAGUUCUUUCUGCGUAAAGCUGGACACCCGAACCCGCAGGUGCAGACGGUGCCUAAUGGGACCGUGGCUGAAUUUCCCAUCGCCAACGUCAGCCGGGAAGAUGGAGGGAGCUACACCUGCGACUAUCGCUCCAUAACGGAACCGAGUAACUCAUCCUAUCCCAGCGACCCCGUCAAGGUCAUUGUAGGAGAGCCCAGCUACCCCAAACCCACCAUCUAUGGGAUCCCCAGCGAGAGGAUUUCCUUGGGGGUAACCGUGAACAUCUGGUGUAAGAGGCAGCACCAGGCCGUGCGGUUUGUGCUGAAUAAAGAGGGACGUCAUUUCACAAGUAUGGAUGCGAACUCAGAGGCUCUGUUUCCCAUCAUCAACGUGCGCCGGGAGGACGGCGGGAUCUACAGCUGCUCCUAUCACAGCAGAUUGGAACCGUUCAACGUGUCGUAUCCCAGUGACCCCAUGGAGCUGGUGGUGACAGAUCCCAGCUUACGCAGACCCAACAUCUCUCUGAGCCUCACUGGGGUCAUGGCCCCAGGGGCAGACGUCACCAUCCGGUGUCAGGAGCUGCGCCGGGACGUGAGGUUCUUCCUGCACAAGGUUGGAGACCGGAACCCGCAGCAACACAUGGACCCUGCUGGGGCCGGGGCCGAGUUCCGCAUCCCCAGCGUGGGCCGGCAGCACGGAGGGAGCUACAGCUGCAGCUACCGGCCCCGGUUAGAGCCCUUCGUCUCCUCGCAGCCCAGCGACCCCAUGGAGCUGGUGGUAGCAGAGCCCACUCUGCCCGAGCCCUCCAUCAGCCCCAGCGGGAACGUCUCCCUGGGGGGAUCUGUGUCCGUCCGGUGUCAGGGGCUGCGCCCGGGUGUGAGGUUCGUGCUGAAUAAAGGGAGACGCCAUGUUGCACACGUGGAUACGGAGAGGUUGGAGUUUGUGUUUCCCAUCAACAACGUGCAGCGGGAGCAGGGCGGGAACUACAGCUGCUCCCAUCACCACAGAUCGGAGCCAUUCACCGAGUGGAGCGACCCCGUGGAGCUGGUGGUGAGAGGAUAAGGACCAGCCCCAAGACAGAGCUGAUGAGACCCCAGCUCUGCUCCCCACCCUGAUCUACCUGCCCUGGAAUUCAGGACUCCUGGUUUCUCUCCCUGGCUCAGGGAGGGGAGUGGGAUCUAAUGGGUAGAUAA